CCCUCAACGCGUGACGUCAGAUAGGUAGAGAUGUCAUGGCGUCUGUGGAGUCAGAGCAGAAGCAGCAAACCAGAUAAAGAUUGAGCGACAGCAGGGAUCGACAUGGAGAACAAUGCAGACCCGCAACAAGACCUCGCAGGGGGGACAGCGUGCUCAUCCAGACCCGCGGAAUUGAGCGAGAAAAAAGCGAUCGGCGGUCUGAAAAACACAACCGAGAGCUGCAAAAACAGUGAAGCUACAACUGCUGUUGCUGUUGAUUGUAGUCGUGCCGCAGCGUGUGUGGAUAAUCAAAAAUCUAAUAACAAUUCUGCAAAUUGCUCCUCUUUGCCAGUUAAAGACAGUGUGUGUCAGUCAGGAUCCGUGAAAAGUAAUGGGAUGGGACAGACUCAACCGGGUAGUGCCGGUGGUGGUGGUGAUGUUGGUGACAAGACAAAGUUAGUAAACAAGACGAUCGAGACUCCUGCAAAAACGGCAGCGGGGAUUAUAGAUGUCAUGAAAGCUGUGGAUAAUGAGGACUCGACAGGGCAGCAGAAGAUUUCUCAAGCGUCUGGAACUUGCCAGGACGAGAAGACACCACCGUCAUCAACAAGUUUGAGUAAAGCGGCAGCGUCCAGUGACAGUCUGGCCGAGGAGCCGAGUGGGAGUGACCGGAGCGCCCCAGGUGAAUCCCUGAGCAUCACCUCUCUGGAGUCCUUUUCGAACCUGAACCAAUCCGACAACAGCGAGGGAGCCGAUGACAGGGUGCUGGCGCUCGCUCUCCAAACCGAUGAAUACGACAGCGCAGGGGGCGAUGCUAAACUGGCUGCAUCCAUCAAGGGUCAGUCCAUUUACCAUAUCAAGUGGAUAAAAUGGAAGGAGGAGAACACGCCGAUUAUCACCCAGAAUGAGAACGGGCCGUGCCCCUUGCUUGCAAUCAUGAAUGUUCUUUUACUGGCGUGGAAGGUGAAGAUGCCGCCUAUGAUGGAAAUGAUAACUGCAGAACAGCUGAUGGAAUAUCUAGGAGACUACAUUCUUGAUGCCAAGCCAAAAGAAAUCUCUGAAAUUCAGCGCUUGAACUAUGAGCAGAACAUGAGUGAUGCCAUGGCGGUCUUGCACAAGCUGCAGACGGGUCUCGAUGUCAACGUGAAGUUCACGGGUGUUCGAGUGUUUGAAUACACCCCGGAGUGCAUCGUCUUCGAUCUGCUGGAUAUACCCUUGUAUCACGGCUGGUUAGUGGACCCACAGAUCAAUGACAUUGUGAAGGCGGUGGGGAACUGCAGUUAUAACUCGCUGGUUUUUAGCUCUACAGCCGUACAAGUUCAAAAUUGA